UUGUGAACAACAACAACUAAAGCAGCCAAACACGUGCACUCUCGUUUGUACGCUGCAUUUGAAAGGAAUUUUUCAUAUUUUUUCUUGUUUAAUUCAACUAAGGAAACUAAUUUCACAAUUAUAAGGCGUAAAAAUAUCUACUAAAUAACAAUGGGUAAAAAGACCAAAGUUGGAAAAGCCCGUAAAGAUAAGUUCUAUCAAUUGGCCAAGGAAACAGGUUUUCGCUCUCGUGCCGCCUUCAAGUUGAUACAACUUAAUCGCAAAUUUGGAUUUCUUCAGCAAUCGCAAGUAUGUAUAGAUUUAUGUGCUGCUCCUGGUGGUUGGAUGCAGGUGGCUAAGCAAAAUAUGCCUGUAUCGAGCAUUGUUAUAGGCGUAGAUCUUUUUCCCAUAAGAACCAUUCCGGGUUGUAUUAGUUUAGUGGAAGAUAUUACCACCGACAAAUGUCGCGCCUCGUUAACCAAAGAACUGCAAACCUGGAAGGCUGACGUUGUGCUGCAUGAUGGUGCGCCAAAUGUGGGUCGUAAUUGGUUGCAUGAUGCCUAUCAACAAAUAUGCCUGACAUUGAUGUCUCUAAAGUUGGCCACCGAAUUCUUAAGGGGAGGUGGUUGGUUUGUUACCAAAGUUUUCAGAUCUAAAGAUUAUAAUGCUCUGUUGUGGGUCUUGAAGCAAAUGUUUAAGAAAGUGCACGCCACCAAGCCCAGUGCUUCGCGUAAGGAGUCAGCUGAAAUUUUUGUGGUCUGCCAAGGUUAUUUGGCUCCCGAUCGUAUAGAUCCACGUCUUUUGGAUCCUAAAUACGUUUUUGAAGAGCUGGAUUUGGAGGGAGCCAAAAAAGGCAGUCUCUUGCAUCCAGAGAAACAAAAACGCAUUAAAGCCGAGGGUUACACGGAGCAAGACAUAGCCCUGAGAAAUGAUUUAGCUGCUUCAGAGUUCAUGCAAAGUGAAAACGGUUUGGCAGCUUUACAGGGCAUUGGUUCCAUAACCAUUGAUGAUAAGAGAAUAGCAAAACAUCCCAAAACUACUGCAGAAAUUCUAGAGUGCUGUAAAGAUAUUAAAGUUUUGGGUCGCAAAGAUAUCAAGGGUCUGUUGGCCUGGUGGAAGGCCAUCAAAGAAGAACUUUACAAAGAGGAAGAUAAGGAAGCUGCCGUCAUUGAUGAAGAGGAAGCUCCUGCCAAACCUUUAACACAGGAGGAAAUAGAGGACAUGGAAGAUGAAGAAUUGCAGAAGCAAAUAAGUGAAUUGGCAGAAGAGGAAGAUCGGGAUCUAAAGCGCAAACGCAAGAAGACCUUAAAGGCUAAGGCCAAAUUGCAAGAGAAAAUGAACUUGAAAAUGGUUAUCAAAGGAGAUGAUGGACCCAAAGAAGAGGCCGAUCAAGAAAUUUUCGAUCUAAAGGAUGUCAGAACAAAAGAGGAACUUGAUGAAAUGCUGGAUGUUACACCAGACUUUGAUAUUGAGGCAGAAGCAGUGGAUGUGCCAAAGUUACCAAAAUAUAAAAAAUAUGAUAAAGAUGACAAACGCUUAGAUGAUGAUGCCAACUAUGAAAACGAUGACGAACCCGAAGUUUCCAGCGAUGAGGACAGUGAAAGUGAUUUGGAGCAAGAGGGACUAGGACUUAGCGAUGAUGAAGAUCUUGAGGAAGCCAGCAAGAGGACAAAUAAAAACAAAAAGAAAAAAACUGAACAUCCUCUAAUCAAGUCCAGUGAUUUCCGUGAUAAAGAUACACGUAGACAGCAAAGGGUUCAAUUAUGGUAUGAAAAGGAAAAUUUGCAAAAUAUCAACGACGAAGAUGAUGAGGAUUUCGAUUUGGAUCGUUUGGCCAAGGAAUACAAGAGCAAAGGUGUAUCUGUAUUGGGAGAAUCUCAAGAAACCGGAGAUUCAAAUAUUCUAAUGGGCAAAAAAGCAAAGCGUAGGGCUCGACAUGCCGAACCUAAAGAAGAAUCAUCCUCGGAAUCCUCUAGUGAUUCGGAGGAGGAAGUUGAUGAUGAUGAUGAUGAAAAGGUGGCUGGUGAUAUGUCCAAGGAACCCAAAGCCAAGAAAAUACGCCUCACUGAAGAAGAACUGGCCUUGGGUGCCAUGAUGAUCAAAGGCAAAAAGACUAGGCGUGAUUUAAUCGAUGGCGCUUGGAAUCGUUACGCCUUCAAUGAUGAUAACUUGCCUUCGUGGUUUGUUCAGGAUGAACAGGUACACAUGCAGAAACCCACGCCAGUGCCCAAGGAAUUAGCCGAGGAAUAUCAGCGCAAGGUUCAAGAGCUUAAUGUGCGGCCAAUUAAAAAGGUGAUGGAAGCCAAGGCACGUAAACGCAGACGUGCUGUGAAACGUUUAGCCAAGGCAAAGAAACAAGCCGAAAAGAUUAUGGAGAGUGCCGAUGCCACAAACCAAGAAAAGGCCAAACAGCUUAAGAAGAUUUACAAAAAGGCCCAAGAGAAAAAGAAGGAAGUAACCUAUGUGGUGGCCAAGAAACAUCAAACGGGACGUAGAGCCAGACGUCCAGCAGGCGUUAAGGGUCGCUAUAAGGUGGUGGAUCCCCGCGAAAAGAAGGAUAAGCGUUCUUUGAAAGCCAAGGACAAAAAGAAUAAGCGCAAAGGCAAGGGCAAAAAGUAGAUGAAUUAGUUUUAAAUUUGUUUCAUUAACUUUAAAUAUAGGUUAUAGAAUGGCUAGCAUAAAUGAAAAUAUGUACAAUAUAUAUGUAUAAUUUUAUAUAAA